AUAGGGUAACCAAUGGCUUGCAUGCCUUGGUGGGACUCUAUGGAUGGAAUUGGCCAGUUUUUAUGGCUCCUUACAAGCAUCAAGGAUGGACUCAGAUGCCAAUGCUUUCUGAUUCCUGAAAGCCAUGUUAAUCUUAUUUUGUAAGGCUCUGGUAAUCAAUCUAGCAUAAAGGAAACGGACAAAUUCUGAUUAAUUAAAAUACAAAUACAAAACGACGUCGGCUACUCUGUCAUAACUCACAGAGCCGUUUCAUAUGCCUUGCCCGCCUCAACUCAAAACCCCUGUCAUUUUGAUUUCGGGUUUCAACGCAGAGCUCACGAAACCCUAGUCCAGAGAAAGAGAAAGCGCAAUGGAGGGCGUUUCUUACCAGCGAUUUCCCAGAGUCAAAAUUCGCGAGCUCAAGGACGACUACGCGAAGUUCGAGCUCCGCGACACCGACGCGUCGAUGGCCAAUGCUCUUCGGCGCGUGAUGAUAGCAGAGGUUCCUACCAUUGCUAUCGACCUUGUCGAAAUAGAAGUAAACUCUUCCGUCCUCAACGACGAAUUCAUAGCCCACCGUCUCGGUCUUAUCCCUCUCACCAGCGAGAAAGCCAUGAGCAUGCGCUUCUCACGUGAUUGCGACGCGUGUGAUGGAGACGGCCAGUGCGAAUAUUGCUCUGUGGAGUUCCAUUUGAGAGCCAAGUGUAUGGGCGACCAGACUCUGGAUGUCACGAGUAAGGACUUGAUCAGUUCCGACCAUAACGUUGUUCCUGUAGACUUCGCCGAUUCUUCAGCUUACGAUUCAACUGAUCAGCAAAGGGGCAUUAUCAUUGUGAAGUUGCGUCGUGGUCAAGAACUAAGGCUUAGAGCAAUAGCUAGAAAAGGGAUUGGCAAAGAUCAUGCAAAAUGGUCACCUGCUGCAACUGUCACUUUCAUGUACGAACCAGAGAUCCACAUCAAUGAAGAUUUAAUGGAAACUCUGACGCUUGCAGAGAAACAAGCUUGGAUUGAAAGUAGUCCAACCAAAGUGUUUGACCUUGAUGAAGCUUCUGGACAGGUUGUAGUGGUUGAUCCUGAGGCAUACACUUACGAUGAUGAAGUGAUUAAGAAGGCAGAAGCCAUGGGGAAGCCAGGACUUGUAGAGAUCUAUGGCAAAGAGGACGGCUUUAUAUUCACUGUGGAAUCUACCGGUGCAAUUAAAGCUUCUCAGAUGGUGUUGAAUGCCAUAGAAGUUCUUAAACAAAAGCUGGAUGCAGUUCGCCUGUCUGAGGAUACCAUAGAAGCUGACGAUCAGUUUGGUGAACUUGGUGCACAUAUGCGAGGUGGAUGAUUGUAUUAACUUUAUUAUUUUUUGUUCAAAUGGACAGAUUUCAAACCACUGAUUUCCUGAAGCAUGUAAAUUGAACAUCUUACGUAGGUGCUACUGUUUCAACCAUGUUCAAACUGUCAACAUGUUCCAGUGUAUAUUUUCCUUAGAACCAUUCUAUAGUUAUUCUAUGCGCAUUCUUGA